AGUGUUGUUUCAGUGUCCCAUCAAAAUCUUAUUGAGUAAUUUCAAACAAGCUGAGAUAUUCCCAUUUGGUUAUAGAUUCAGAAGCAGACAAUCUUGAAACUGGGAGUGCACAAAAGAUUGGCCACUUUUCUCCUCCUUUUUUACUUUUUACAGGUUGCAGAAACCCACCCGGCCAGCCAGAACAAUUUAUCAUAGAUAUUGGAUAGAUGGAUAGAGAGAGAGAGGGAUCGAAGUACUUUUUGAGUGUCCCAAAGAAAUGUAACAGCAGGCAUUAAAGCUGAAUGGUUGAUGCUUUUGCUUGUUGUUUUGUAGUCAGGGAAGAGGGGACCAUCUUUCUUUUCCUGUCAUUUUCAGGCAUUUUUCACUUGGCUAGCUAGCUAGCUAGCUUUUGCUUCUAUGAACAAGCUUGCAGAGGUCUAUGUUUUCUAGGAUUUGAAGCUUUCUUCUACAUGCCAACCAGAGAGAGAUCUUUUGCUCUCUUCUUCAAAUGAGCUGAGGCAUGCAUGCACACAAAGAUUGGUAUUCUCCUUGCUUCCACAACUCUUCACUUCCCAGAACUUAUGCUUACCAGGGCUUGUACUUGCUUAGGGAAUAGUCACUAGGACAGGUACCAAUUCUACUCAACAGGUUCUAUAGCUCUUGCAUGGACAUUUCUUGUAUUCACCGAGGACUGAGGCAAUGAUUAUAAUCUCCUCUAGCUGUAGUAACUCAUGGCUCCUUCUUUGAGGCCGGCUGCUUCAGCUACUGCUAAGUAGCUACUACUUGCCUCAAAACUCUAAUUUCUUUGGUCCAGCAACCAUAGAUCUAAACUCAAACACCCAAUUCUUCUGAUCUCUUAUUAAUAGCAAUGGUUUCACAAGAUUCACCCCCCAACCCUUCCUCCAGUGUUCUACACCAAUUCAUAAUCUCAGACUCCAUGGCCAGCCACCCCUUCCAAAACCAGCAUUUUGAUGCUUGCAGAAGUGAUCCGAGGGGCAGUGGCAUGGUCCACCACUCCCAGGGACAGGGUGUGUAUCCCAGUGUUCAGUGUCUUGGUGAAAGAAUGUCCAGAGCAUUAGACCUUGUCCAGGCUCCUCCAUUAACAGGGGAAUCUCCAAUAAGCCAUUGCAGGCACUUGAUUGACCUUCUUGGUUCAUCAAAUGAGACCCAUCACCAGCCUCAAAGGCUCACCCUGUCGCUCGGCUCCGAUAUGCUUGUUCCUCCGGUCCAGUUUAGGUCCCGGAUUAGCCCCAGCUACUUCAUUUCUGGAGAAGAAGAAGCGAGGGAAGCUUGUCAUAAUCCUAGAAGGGAUUCUCUUGCUUGUUCUGCCUCUUAUGGAGCGGAAUCUUUCGCCAUUGCCGUUGGCAACUCCAAGUAUCUUAAUCAGGCCCAGUCUCUUCUUGAAGAGGUGGUUAGCGUCGCCUGUAAGGCCGUGGACUUGAGGAAUGAGAAAUUUAUCAGAAGAUUGUCCCGGCAUAGCAGAAGAGGAUCUCUCCGACUCUGCUCCGAGCUUAAACAUGCCCUGCCAAACGAUGGAUUAUCUCCUGAGAAGCAUGAUCUUCAAAUCAAGAUCUUGAAGCUUAUUUCCUUGUUGGAGGAGGUGGAGAGGAGAUACGAGCAUUACUGCCACCAGUUGGAAGAAGUGGUUUCGUCCUUCGAGAUGAUAGCAGGCGCAGGAGCAGGCAAGUCCUACACUGCUCUUGCGCUCCAAGCCAUGUCCAGGCGUUUCUGCAGUUUGAGAGACGCGAUAACGUCCCAAAUCCUCGCCGGAAGACAUCGAAUAUCUGACGAUAUACCGAAAUUCAAUCCGGCUUUGUCGCAGCUCAGCUUGUUCGACAGAGAAACCGGAGACAACCAGCUCUCGUCGCUUCAACAGCUCGGGAUGAUGCAAAGCCAGAGGCAGGCCUGGAGGCCGAUCAGGGGCUUACCGGAUACCUCCGUGGCGAUCCUCCGAUCUUGGCUCUUCGAACACUUCCUCCAUCCCUAUCCAAACGAUUCCGAGAAGCUGAUGUUGGCAUCACAGACAGGACUAACGAAGAACCAAGUUUCCAAUUGGUUCAUAAAUGCUCGAGUGCGGCUGUGGAAGCCUAUGAUCGAAGAAAUGUACAAAGAGGAGUUCGCGGAUUCUUCAGCAGACUCCGAUCCUCUGUUAGCAAGCGGUUCCCUGCCUGGCGAAUGCGUCACCGACACUGCAGAGGAGUGAAGGCUGCGCCAAUGGCGGUUGAGCUCAGGAUUUUUGUCUUCGUCCACAGAAGUACAUCUAAAGCAAGCUUCUGGAGGAGAUCAUCUGGUAAAUUAAGUCUAGAAUCGAAGCCAAAUUGCGGUUGCGUGAGCAUCAAAUCUUUGGCAUGUUACUGAACUUACUCUGACGAAUGUGAGGCAAUUCUAGAAUAGUGUGGGAAAAUGUUUAGCUACACAGCCCGAAUGCCCAAUAUAUAUAUAUAUAUAUAUGUAACUUCAUUUCACCA